GUUGCCGCCGGAAGUCUGAGGGGAAGCGCUGCCGGGUGAUGGCAGCUGAGGACGAGGCAGGGGAGGUGGGUGGUGGGCUUUGCCCAGGGCUUGGGGAUAAGGGUGUCUGCGGCUAGACGUUUGGCCCACACUUACAGGCGAUGCCGGGGAGGGAGGCGCACGAACCGUGGGAUCCGGCGGCAGUGAGGGGAAUUGGCCCCGGCCGCCCCGCCUCUAGCCGGUCCUCUCCGCGGCAGGUGCCGGUGGACAGCGCGGAGGAGGGGGAGCGGCCCCUCGCAGGGGCCGUGGAUCUGGCCGCCCAGAAGCGUGAACAGAGGCUGCGCAAGUUCCGGGAGCUGCACCUGAAGCGGAAUGAAGCUCGAAAGUUAAACCACCAGGAAGUUGUGGAGGAAGAUAAAAGACUUAAAUUACCUGCAAACUGGGAGGCUAAAAAAGCUUGUCUGGAAUGGGAGCUGCAGGAAGAAGAAAAGAAAAAAGAAUGUGCGGCAAGAGGGGAGGACUAUGAGAAAGUGAAGCUGCUGGAGAUCAGUGCAGAAGAUGCAGAAAGAUGGGAGAGGAAGAAGAGGAGGAAAAACCCUGACCUGGGAUUCUCAGAUUAUGCUGCUGCCCAGUUACGCCAGUAUCAUCGGCUGACCAAGCAGAUCAAACCUAACAUGGAAACUUAUGAAAGACUGAGAGAAAAACAUUCUGAUGGUAUAGAAUCUUCAUGGUGUUAUUUACACCUUGCUCUUUCUCAGUGGAGAAGAGUUCUACCCAACAUCCAACAGUCUUCUUCAUGGAACCCAUGUGCCCUCCACAGAGGAAAUUGAUAGGAUGGUCAUAGACUUGGAAAAGCAAAUUGAAAAACGAGACAAGUAUAGUCGGAGACGUCCUUAUAAUGAUGAUGCAGAUAUUGACUACAUUAAUGAAAGGAAUGCCAAAUUCAACAAGAAGGCAGAAAGGUUCUAUGGGAAAUAUACAGCUGAAAUUAAACAGAAUUUAGAGAGGGGAACAGCAGUCUAAUCUCCUUUGGGAACUCUUUUGACUGCCAAAUUCUAACAGUAAACCAGGACUAUUACCUUUCCUUUUUUAAGUUAAGUGUUUUAUGACUAUGUAUUUUCAUGCUUAUAUAUUUAUUAUUCACUCAUUUCAGAAACAAAAUGUUAUGUAUUUUUGUUCAGUGUGUGCACUUCAUGUGUGUACCCUACUGGGCUUAACACUACUAGCUACAAACAUAUGUCAUCAUCAUCCUUACAUCUGUCAUGUUUGCCUUGAACUAGAGUUGAACUUGGGAGCUUCAUAGAAUGCUAAACUGGGACUAAUUUUUCUUGUAAGCUAUGGUGGGUGGUGAAAGGAAGGGGAUAUUGGCUACUGGAAAUUCCCCCUGGCCCACCCUCUCCAGAAGUAGUCACAAUUAACAGGUGCUAGCCUAUCCCAUGCUCUAGCCCAGGGCCCAGGUACAUUUAUGGGGCAGGCACAGAAAGUAGGAAAACUGAUCCUCUAAUGACAUUUUGUAUAUACACCAUUUUUAAAAGCAAAUUUCCCUCGGAAGAAAGUAAAUUAAAACAUUUGGUCAAAGUAUUAUUAACACUAAAAAAAAAAAAAAAAAAAAAAAAAAGUAUUAUUAAAACUUACAUAAUAGUUGUUUUUUUUU